ACUUGCAGAUACACAGAUGUGCGUGGGUUUAAUUCAUUGCUAAACUUUCUGUCUUUAACCAUCAUACAGUGUUGUUGUUUACUCUUUAAUUUGUUAAUUUAAUUCCAUAAUGUUUGUUGUUCGAUCGCGCUGUGUUUUCACACUCUUUCAGCGCCAGCGUACGCAUUUAUGGAGUCAAGCUCAAUCGAUUUCUAAUGAUACUUCCAGUUCCAGCACCAGCACUACAAAUAAUGACGUAAGCGACGCACACCCCCUUAAGGGAAUUCGUAUACUCGAUUUAACAAGAAUUAUUGCUGGCCCGUUUUGCACUAUGGUUUUGGCCGAUCUCGGUGCCGAGGUUAUCAAAAUCGAAAGACCCGGGAGUGGUGAUGAGUCUCGCAAAUGGGGACCACCUUUUCUGAAGAAUUCCAAGGACGCUGUCUACUUUUUGGCAUCGAAUCGUAAUAAAAAGAGCGCAUGUAUUGACAUUAAGAAAGGUGCGCACAUAAUACGCGAUCUGGCUGUCAAAUGUGACGUUUUGGUUGAGAACUACGUACCUGGCAAAUUAUCGGAAUACGGUCUGGAUUAUGAUAGGAUCAAUAAAGUCGCACCUGGUUUGGUAUAUUGUUCACUCACGGGCUAUGGGUCAGAGGGUCCCUAUAAGAAUCGACCAGGUUACGAUGUGAUUGCAGCUUCAAUUGGUGGACUUUUGCAAAUAACUGGAGAAAAAGACGGACCACCGUGUAAAGUUGGUAUCGCAGUGACUGACAUCGCAACUGGUCUUUACGCUCAUGGAGCGAUCUUGGCUGCGCUCUUACAAAAACAACGCACCGGCAUGGGACAGAAAAUCGAUGUUAAUUUAUUCUCUACCACAGUCGCUAUGCUAAUCAAUGUCGCGAGUAAUUAUUUAAAUGGAGGCAUAAGCGCAGGCCGCUGGGGAACAGCACAUUCUAGUAUUGUGCCAUAUCAAGCAUUUAAGACAGCAACAGGUUAUCUUACGAUCGGGGCUGGCAGUGAUGAUCAAUUUAAAGUUCUAUGCAAAUUAAUGUCACUGGAUGCGUUGAGUGAUGAUGCGAAAUUUAAGACCAAUCAAGAUAGAGUGUGUAAUCGAAAGGAAUUGAUUGAAAUUCUGUCCUCGAAGUUUGUUCAGCAUUCUUCUGACCACUGGAUGGAGCUGUUUGAAGGAGCACCCUUUCCAGUGGGACCUGUCAACAGCAUACCGGAGGUGUUUGCUGACAAACAUAUUAAGGAAAUUGGAUUAGUUAAGACACUGCCGCACCCUUUGGAUGAGAGUGUCAAAGUUGUGGGACCUCCUGUAAAGUUUAGUGGAGCCAUGAAUGAUGCUCGUACAGCACCACCAUGUUUGGGACAACAUACCGAUGAAGUUUUGAUGGAUAUUCUUAAUCUAUCGAAGGACGAUAUUGAGGAGUUGCGACUUAAAAAAAUAAUUCAAUGAUUUAUUGACCAAAAGGAAAUUUUUAACUAAUUGUUAAUCAUGAUUUUACUUUAACAUGGCUAAUAGUUUUUUUUUGAAUGAAAAACGUUUCGUAAACUUGUUUAUCGCGGAAAAUGUUAACUUUGAAUUUAAGUAAAUAAAUAA